AUGUUUCCCUCUCUAGUAUAAAACAACGCACCGUUUACUGAAAUCUAAGGCUAUCAUGCUGGAAUUUCUACUGCCCCUAAACUUACACCUCAGCUGUCUUUUGAGAUAAACCAAAAUGACACUUUCUUGAUGAUCCUAGCUGAACUCAAAGAGUUAAAUAUGAACAUUCUCAACAUGCAAAGGAUCUAGCAGCAAUAAUGCAUAGGUCUGGCUAAUAUAAGCUAGUCUAUCUAGUAGCAGCAGACUUGCAUGCAGUGUAACUAGUUUACCUCUGAUACUUAAUCUUGCUGCUUUUGCUAUAAGCGAAUGUGCUAAUACUGCUAAAGGAAUAACAAAGUAGGCUAUCACAAUUGUAACGAAUGCAAAAUACUCUAUUGUUCUUCACAUUAAAGUCAAUGUCUCAAGUGCUCCAUGUUCUAUUGCACUAAGUGCAGUCCUAAAUUAUAAACCACAGGGAUAUGUGCUUAAUGCUUGAACAGUUAAUAACCUAUCGUCUAAGUUUCAUACAAUGACAAUAGGACUUAUCAAACAGUAAACUCUUAGUCUAGAAAUAUUUAUAGCUAGAAUAUGGACUUUUAAAUUGGCUUUAACGACUAAGUUAAUCAAUCUUUCAACUCAGGCUAAUAAUCUCAGAAAGAUUCAAUGCUAAACUUAUCCUAGUCAAAGUUUUAUAAGCCUUAAGAACUUAAAACUAAAAAUGCUAGAAUGAAAAGAUCCAAUCAUAUUUCACUUGUAAUUUUUGUCAAUAAAAAUUCUGUGACCUCUGUAGGAAAAUAUGCGGGUGGUGUCGCAUUCCAGUAUGUUCUAACUGUGCAAUGUAUGCUAAAAACUACACAGCAAAUGAAGGCAACUUGA